AUGUCUAACGUUGUUGAUGCAAUUGGGAGUGGAAGUACCCCAGGACGACACAGCAGAGGAAUGAAACUGCUGAGACACUACGAAGGCGCGACUGGUGCCAAUGCAGUACCUGUUGGCAUCCCUGGUUUAGAGCACGAGGGCGACAGCGAUGGAAUCUCCGCUCUUGAAUGCGGCGUGGAUAUCGGUAUGGGAGGGGGUGGCGCGGCUGGGCUAUAUGAUUCUUCUCUGGUUGAUCAACUCGAGGCUGAUCUCGAGCGCCGCCUGGAGGUGGUGUACCUGGAUGACGACAAUGUUCCCAGAGCGGCAGCGACUGGCCAGCGGCCACGACCAGAUUGA